AAGACUCAGCAUCUGAGUCGACUUCGAUUAUUCGUCAGUCACUUUCAAGAUCCCGCGAAUUGAACUUUUCCACAUAUAACUUUUAUAUAAUAUUGUUUAUUAUGACUACUUAGUGCCGCGAAAAAAUUUUUUUUUUAUUUUAACAUCUUUAUAAAUAUAGUGAGUUGUCAUGCACACGAAGGAUUAAUAUUUUUAUUAUUAAAAAAAAUUAAACUUUUUUUUUUAAAUUAGAAAAACAAAAAUGUUUAUUAAAGUGAUUUGUAUUAUGGUGUUUGUGUGUCUUGCGUCAGAGACCUUCGCUAAACCCACGAUUUACAAACGCAAUGAGGAUAAUAUUUAUGAACCAGUAAUGGUGCCAGUUUCGUCGACGGUAAUACCAUUACCAGUCUACAAGGUUGGAUAUGGAUUCGGCUUUAUUUCGAAGGACAAAAAAUCUCAAGCAUUAUUUAAACCAGAUGAUGUUAAAUUAAUCACAGCAAAAAUGAAGAACAUUGAAGAUUCAAAGUCGUGAAGAAAUGAUAAAAUAUCAACUUGCCGUAUUUGCCUCAUGACCUCAUUACAAUCAUGAUGUGAUUUGUCAGAAAAAUCUGUAUUCUAUACCUACUAAUUUUUGAAAAAUCCUUUUUAAAAAAAAACUAAUAAGCGAAAUUUAAAAAAAAAAUAUUUCUUUUUAAAACAUUUUGAUAUUUUAAUAUUAUUUGUAAUUAUCUUUUAAUUUCAAUAUUUUAUUAGUACAAAUUCAGUUUUCCAGCUACACACCAAAAAAAAGAUUAGCUUGAAAGUAAACUUGUAAAUUUUUUUUUUGAUAAACUUGUAGAUAUAAAAGAUUAUUUUUUUAUAUAAGACUAUUUGUUUUAAUGAAAAAAAAAAAUUUGCGGAAAUUAUAUUUCUGCAUUUUAUUGACAAAAUGAUCACUAUGUUAAUGUAAAUUGAAAAAUAAAAAAAUAAACUGCUUAAUACUGUUUCA